AAUGAACCGUCAGACAGUGAGGGGCACGCAUGCUGGGCCCGAGGCAUUAGCACGGUUUUAGGACGUUAUUUGUAUUAAUUGUGCCUUUUCCCGGGUCUACGUGGUCGCUCUCGAACGACUCGAACGCUGUAUGGAGGCAACGAGGCUCGGCUGGAAGCGGUUGGUUCGUCGAGUUCGAUGAAAACGAGGUCAGGAUCCGACUAACGCUCGCCCCUCCUGCUGGAUCUUUUUUUCCGUUAUUUUUUUUUUUAUUAUUUUUUUAUAAAGACAACGAGUCGAUAACCAUGUCGCUGACCGCUUCGUCUGAUUACUUCGCCGCCGAGUGUCUGGUGUCGAUAUCCAGCGGUCCCGUCCUGCACAGACCCACCCCGGUGGCCCCCGCCAGCCAGCCUGCCACGGUGGGCCUUCUCCCCGGGGAGCCCGACGGGUCGAGCGAGGACAGGGAAGUGCGGGAGACGCUGCGGCUGGAGGGGGCCAACAUGAUGGCGGUGGCCGGUAUCCUCACCGACCUGCACGGCAAGUUCCGCCCCAUGUCGGCCUACUCCGAGAGCAGCAACUCCUCGUGCGGCGGGGAGAGCGGCUACACCACGUUGUCCGACCCGACCACCCCUAACAUGACCCCCUCCGCCACCCCGGUGCCCGGACAGCAGCAGCAGCAGCCGCUCCGGGGGGGAGGCGGCGCGGCGGUGGGCGCCCCGCGGUCCCCGGUGAAGCGGCACCAGUGCACUUUUGACGGAUGCGACAGAGUUUACGGGAAAUCGUCCCACCUGAAGGCGCACAUCCGGACACACACAGGCGAGAGGCCCUUCCCGUGCACCUGGCGCGACUGUGAGAAGAAGUUCGCCCGCUCCGACGAGCUCGCCCGCCACAUCCGCACCCACACGGGGGAGAAGCGCUUCCUGUGCCCGCUGUGCGACAAGCGCUUCAUGCGCAGCGACCACCUGAUCAAGCACGCCCGCCGCCACCCCGACUUCCAGCCCUCCAUGUUGGGACGCAACAGGGGCGUCUCCUCCGCCUCCAGCCGGGUCUGACGCACCAUUAGGGUGGUUUGGGUUUCGGGGGGGGCGGGGCUUAUUCUUCCUGUGCACCGGGGUCGACAGGAGCACAGAAAGGUCACGCUGGUUUCAAGCUAACCAGCUACAAUCAGAUCCACCAAUUAGGAUUUAGCAUGGCUGUGUUUUACUCCAGAACGUGCACAGACACACACAAACACAAACACACACACACACACACACACACACACACACACACAGCGCUGGAUGCGAGGGGGGAAGUAACCCCGCCCCUCCGUCCACACAGACAUGUGACCACUAUCCACUUGCUCAACAUAGCCGGGGUUGGGUUUGUUCCACAACACUCGGUGGGAGUUUGCUCAUAAAUGUGCUUUCUGAUUCCAGUUCUCGUUUCCUGAAAGCCAGAGCUCGGACCUAACGCGCCUCCAUUUCACGCUGCCUUUUGCACGUGUUUCAAAGCGUGUGUGUGAUUGUUUACGGCGCAGCAGCCUGGAGCUAACCUUUAGCGCUGCUCGGCUUCACAGAUACAGUAAAACGUGACCACGUUAUGCAAAUUAUCACACGCAAGACAAGAAAGUAGGUAAAUAUGAAGAUAUAUUUACUGCAGAAUUGUAUAUAAAUGCAGGUUUUACAGAUGUAAUGAAGCAGAUGAAAUAACCAGAUGAUAAUUUCUGGUUUUGAUUAAUUUUCUGAAUUAAAUACUAGAUAAAUCCAGGUACUUCAUCUCACCGACAUGCCACAAUAUUAGGUUUUAAUGCCACAUAGACAGCAGGUCAUUGUAUUGUUUGUUCUUUUCACCAAAAAUAAAUCACAAAAUACCUCUUUUUUAAAAAAAAAAAAAAUCCCAAAUUUAUGGCACUAUAUAUUCUUAUUCUUUGGAGAUGCUUUGGUUUUAGGAUUUGCUAAGAACCAGAAUCACGAAGCAGAUUUCGGUCGAUAAACCCAAACCCUGAAACUCCGCCUCUCAAACACUUUCACAACUUGCAGGGAUUUUUUCACAUAUUUUUCAGUAAGAAAAAAACAGAAAAAAAAACUAUCAGCACAUUCAUCAUCAUCAUCAUCAGCCAAAACUCUUCUGGUUUCUUGUGGUUAAUUUGUAGAUUGUGCUCUUCAGUACCGUUUAUUUACACGAGUAGCACAACGUUGUGAUAUUAGGUAGCGAGGCAGCGGCUAGCAGCUUUUUAGCUUUUUCUUUUUUGUUUGUUUGUUUUAGCUUUGCUGAAGUUUUAAUGGUGACACAUUCCUUGUUUUUUUUUAUUUUAUUGCUUUAGUAACAUAAUCAUUGAGGCGAUUUUGUCCAUAUUUUGUUCCUGUAUAUCCCAUUUAACUAUAGAUCAAAUAUUAAUUUUGCCAGAAAGUGGAUCAAAUGUCACUGUAGAGGAGCUGUUUGCACGCCACCUGUAAGGCUAGACCAGUUAUCAUCAUCAACCGUGAAAUGCUGACACAUAAUACGCAGCAGUAUUAUGUCUAAUAUUGAUGCAAAUAUCUUUAAGCUUUAAGCUUUUAAUGUAGAGAAAUGGUAAUGCUACUAGCAGCAGAAUUAAUACUUGUGAUGAACUGUAGUCCUUAUAUUAGGGGUAACAUUAUAUGCUUGAUAGGACAGCAUUGCCUGUGAGUGUCGGUGUGUAUGUUUUUGUUUUUAGGUUUUUAUUUUUUUGUUUUGUUUUGUUAGUGACAGAACUGGGAAAAGUGGGUAUGCAAUGGCAUCAGAAUAUCUCGGGGAGGGGAGGGAACAGCUUGAUUUUUCAGCCUGCUGCCUUCAAAGUAAAAGCAUUCACUUGGCUCAUCAGGGAUGUGAGACCAGGCGGCAGAACGGUGCGCCAGGUGUUGGUUUGGGUUCAGCAACAGAUGAAGCGGAGUUUUACAAGUAGCUCUGAGGGAAGAGGGCAUGAGUUGGUGGACAUUUAGCAGGAGCACAGGCGGUGCUAAUAACGGUUCCAAUGAUACCGAUCGUUAUUGACCAGGGGGCCCAUAACCCAUAUUUGGACCUGAUGUACAUUUGUGUUAAUUAGCAGUAAAACAAAUUUGGGGUCAAACUUUUGAACAACCCAAACUCGAAUCCAACACUUAAAAAAAAAAAAAAAAGGCCUUUUAAAAAACAAUUAAAAAGCCUUGUAAAAAAAUUAAAAAGGCCUUUUUAAAAAUUAAAAGGCCCUAAUUAAAUGAAAGAUUAUCAACCAAUAGUCUUCAGCGCUGAUUGGCUGCAACCAAUCAGGUGGCGCUGUGGGCGGGACGUUGAUGAGACCACAAAGUGGUGACCGAGGAUAAAAGGUGGCUGCAUCAGCCUUUUAACAAUCUGGAACUUUUUUUUUUUUUUUUUUAAAUGGAAAGUGCUAAAUAUGAUAUCCGACAGCUGGCCGCUCCGAUAAGCGGAUGGCCAGCUGAGCAAUGUUAACAUUUUCCGACGCGAUCGGAGGACAUUGGUGCAACGAGGACGUCCUUAGCGCUGCCAGGUUCUGUUAGUUAAUGUUUUGAAUUGCACUUUACGGGUUAAUUAUUUACUGGGUUGAAUUUCCAAAGAGGCAGACUGUUAAAUUAGCAAAAUAAAAUGACCGAAACCUUCCCCCGAGAUUCCGCCGCCGACCACCGAUCUGGUCGUCCGCUCCUUCGCCCGACGACGCUCCGGAGUGGGACGCGGCCGUGAAUGACGUUAUUAGUUCCACCUGUGCUCCGCAAGCGUCCACCUCGACAACAAGCUCAGCACAUUUCAGCAAACCGGCACCGAAAAAACAUCGAACGACGCUCUUGUAUUUCAGGAAUUGUCCCUCAAAAAAAAAAACAAAAAAACACAACCUUCUACCAAAUCCAGCAAACCUCAAGUCAUGUAGCUGCUUGAGUACUUCCUGUGUCUCGGUGUGACUCUAGAGAGGUUCUUCUGUUCUGUUCUGUUGUUUUUGAUGUUUCCACACUGUUGGUCCCGCUCACGGACGCAUUCCUUUAUCUCAGUGAACAACACUUCUUCAGGAAACUCUGAAAGCCUUAAACUAUGUCAUAACUACUUUUUGCACCAUGUUUACAGUCGGAUCACCGUGUCGGUAUCGAUGCUUCUCCCGUGGGGGCAUUACAGAAACUCAUUAUGCAAUAUGGCACUUUUGUUCUGAAGGUGUACUUUGGCUGAAUCGUGUAACGGCUGCACUGUUGCCGCGAUGCUACGAGCGAGCACUGUGGGACUUUGUGUUGAUAACCGAUGAAAAACUGCCUUCUCCAAGUGCUUUAGAAAGAACUGGCUAGUAGUUUUUAUUUAGAUUCUCUCUAUACGUGUAUGUUUUAUGUCUACAUACGCGUAUAAAGCCGUAGUUUGUCAUCCGGGCCAUCUCCUGUCGUGGAAUCUGUGUUUAUCUUCAUGGUUGUUCCCAGAUCUGUCGCUGGCUUCGCCUCCUCCACGCUACGAUCAGAACGACUGCAGAUGUCUUCCUCAUACACACCACUUCACCGUCGCUUUGAAAGUUUUGUACACUUCUCCGGAUCGGUUCUGGGUCGCUGCUGGCAGUGGCCCCGAACACAUGGACAUGUUUCAACGAUAUGGUUUUGUUUUCCUCUCAAACCUCUUCCUCCUCACUGCUGCAGGUGUCGUCUGACACGGACUCUCAAAGCUAUAAUAUCACAAAACUACAUACCUCACAGUUUAUUCUCUCUCUCUUUUUUUUUUUUCUGUACAAAAAUCCAUCCAAACUCAGAAAUUCCUCUAAAGCCAUGGAGCCUUGGAUUUCAGAAAUGUGUUUUUAUCAGCUAGAUACUCUCUUAUCCUUACCGACUCAAUAUGCAACGUCACGACUACCUGUGUAGGAGCCCUUUACUUCCCAGCUCGACGAGCUUCUGCCGCUUCACCAACGGUCGUGAAUGCGCCGACCGUCGCCGCAGCUUGGCUACUGUUGGUUUGCAAAGCGGCUGAAUCGAGGUGGAAGUAGCGUAAAGUAGAAUAACCUGCAGGCUGUCGGCUCGCUGAACACGUCAAAUGAAAAAGCUCAGUCCAAAUCUAUUCGCUCAUAUCGCUGAAUGUGGCUCGAUGACAGCCCAGCGCGAUCCGAUUAGGGUUUAGUUUUCGCCGACUCGCUGAGAAAAGAGAAAAAAAAAGAAGCAAAGCGGUCGUUUCUCUCGUCACCACACUAAUCCAGAUAUGCACAUUGUACAGAAGUGGAUGUUUUUUUUUUUUUAAUUGAUGCCUAAUUUUUACAUUAAUGUAAUUUUUAAACAGAAAGCUCCUCCUAUCAAAGCUUUAGUUGAGGUCAACAGGAGGAACUGUGGAACUAAAUAAUUGCUGCAACGAGCUGUUUUGAUAUUUAUAUUCUCAGGUGUCUUAAAUUUGGAGCGUCGGACUCUCAACACUUCCUGUGCAACACCGAAGUACAAGCAUGUUUUUAUUUGUUAUUGCCGAUUAAUUUAUUACGUAUCAGAAACGAGCGUAUCAUUUGUGUGGUUUAAUGAUUCUCUUCAUAACUCAUUUUGUGAUAUGGAACAGUACUAAUACUAAAUGGUUCCGAUGUUUGCUUGACCAGUGCUUUUUUUUUUUUUUUUUUUAAAUAAAAAUUCUUAAGUUUA